AUGGUGCUCCAAGCGAUCAAGUACUCGCGGGGUUAUCUUGAGAUCCUCGAUCAGCUCAAGCUGCCCCACGCUGAAGAAUAUGACCACAUCUACUCCAGCACCGAUGCGUGGCAUGCAAUCAAGGAAAUGCGAACGCGAGGAGCACCCGCGAUUGCCAUUGUCGCUGCUCUGGCUCUGGCCGUCGAGCUCACCAACAUGAAGCUUCCCUCGGUGGCGGAAGAAGUGAAGGUGUUCAUCACGGAAAAGUUGGACUACUUGGUUACCAGUCGGCCAACUGCUGUGAACCUUGCCGAUGCGGCCGGGAAGUUGAGAAAGAGCACCGGAGACGCUGCUGCGCAAGAGGGUGCUAGCGGAGAUUCUGUGAGGGACUCGUAUGUCAAAGCUGCAGAGCAGAUGCUGGUCGAUGAUGUGAGCGACAACGAGAACAUUGGCAAGCAUGGCGCAGCGUGGAUCGUGAAGAAGACAGAAGCUGGCAAGAAGGGGCCGGUAAGCAUGCUGACGCAUUGCAAUACUGGAUCACUUGCCACUGCUGGGUACGGGACUGCUCUUGGUGUCAUUCGAUCUCUGCACUCUAGCGGAUCGCUGAAGCAUGCCUUCUGCUCAGAGACUCGUCCAUACAACCAGGGCUCGAGGCUGACUGCAUUCGAGCUGGUACAUGACCAGAUACCGGCUACCCUGGUCACAGACUCGAUGGCCGCGGCACUGCUUCGACUCAGGGGUGGCAGCGAAAACAUUGCUGGCAUCGUUGUCGGCGCUGACCGCGUUGCUGCCAACGGUGACACUGCUAACAAGAUCGGUACCUACUCUUUGGCUAUUCUUGCGAAACAUCACGGAGUCAAGUUCCUGGUUGCUGCACCCAGGACCACCAUCGACCUCAAGACCAAGUCAGGAGCGGACAUUGUGAUUGAGGAGCGCCCUGGCAGAGAAGUGACUCUCGUCAAAGGGCCACGACACGACGGAGUCAACCUGGACCUCGCAGCCGUGGAGACGGUCAGCAUUGCGGCAAACGGGAUUGGUGUGUGGAACCCAGCAUUCGACGUGACUCCUGCCGAGCUCAUUGACGGCAUCAUCACCGAGGUGGGUGUGUUUGAGAAGGACAGCGAGGGCGCAUUCCACCUGGACGAGGCGUUCCAGGCCAAGGGCUCCAACGCGAAGCCGUCGACCAUUGGCGGGUUGUAG